UUGGUGGAGCUGACAGAAGCAGACUACCAGCAGAGAGAGGGUCAGGGGAACAAUGUGAUAACAGCACGGGUGCUGUACAACCGGGAGAUUGCCAAUCCCAUCACCGUCACGUUUUUCCCCGUCACCUACGACCGCUACCUGAACGGGCUUAACCUCGAUCUCCCAAGUUCAUUCCCAGGGAGGGAAGUUGAGGCAGACGAUGAUGACUUUAAUGGUAGUCCUAUCACAAUUACUCUGCCAAAUCCUGCCGGUGGAACCGUUCGUCAAGUGGAACUUCAAAUCCCCAUCAAUGACGACAUGAUAAAUGAACACCAGGAGACACUGGUGGGAUUCAUUGAAAUUGCCAAUGCAGUUGAUGAGGGUACCAUCCAACUCGGACGUACCGCCGCACAACUCAUUAUUGACGACAACGAUGAUAUCACAAUUGGAUUUACCGAGGAGUCUUACACAUUUACCGAGGGUCAGAGUGGGGCAUUUGUGACACUGGCCAAAGAUGCAGGGAGAAUAUCCCAGAGAACCGAUAUUGCAGCCAUGAUCUCCCUCGGACCCAGCCCCUCGGCAACCCCAGACAGCGACUUUUCCAUCACUCUCCUGGGCUCGGACAUCGAUUUCAACCCAAGCGACCAGAGCAUUAACAUUCCUCUGAGUAUUCUGGAAGACAGCCUCCCCGAGGGGGUGGAGUCGUUCACUCUCAGCGUGGUGAGUGCAGGCAAUUUCCCGUUCGGUGCCGCACGGACAGACACCUCCCCAACGACACAAGUCAUCAUUACAGACAAUGAUGGGUCUAUUGAGGUGUGUGCAGUUGUUACGAACCCACCAAUGGAUCAGCCCCUAUCAUCAUCGUUCACCCUCCUCGCCGACACACUUUCUGCCUCUGCUGUUGGUGGAUCUGACUAUACAGACUUUAGCACCGUGCUUCCUGUUUUUAACAACAACAACAGACGGAGGUGUUUCGACAUCGCUAUUCUGGAAGACGACCUCCUGGAGGCCAGUGAAAUGUUUCGAGCUUUCCUAACCCUGGUCAGCGGGAGUGGUGUAAAUGUCGAUCCUGCUGAGGCGACUAUCACCAUCACUGAUGUGGACCCUCUGACUAUUGGUCUGCAGCAGACAAUGUACACAGUUAACGAAGGGGACCCCCUCGUUAGUGUGUGUGCCGAGGUGACGAGUGGAGCAGUUGGACGGGAAACUAUAGCCUCUCUGGCGUCACAACAGAACACUGCCACA